GGUCGGCUGACACAUCUAGAAACUUGACAUCAUAGAACUGUUCAGUGAGUCUUCGCAUUUCAUUUUCAACGCUCACAAAAGGAAGAGGGUCCCUGCGAUCUCCCGGAGAACCCAGAUCUACCAGAAGAGAGAUUCACCCGCCGAGGGAACCAGGACCAUGAGGAUUUUCUCGGUUUUACUUUGGAUUCUUUUCCCAGGCUGCUGGGCGGUGAUGGGCCCCGGGACAGUGAGCGGCCCCGCGGGCGGGUCGGUGGCUGUGCGGUGCCGGUACCGGGCGGGCUAUGAGGAUUAUCCAAAGUUCUGGUGCCGGGAAGGUUUGCUAGCAGGCUGGAGCUGUUCCAACGGUCACAUUGUUCAGAUCAACGGGUCGGAGGCGGAGGUGACGAAUGGCAGAGUUUCAAUCCGAGACAAUCGCACCCAGCGCGCGUUCACCGUGACCGUGGAGAACCUGACACCGGCAGACGCCGGCACGUACCUCUGCGGGAUAGGGAAUUAUUCGGAACGUGAUCCCAGGACCACUCUGACACUCACCGUCUCCCCCAGGUAA